AUGUCACAAGAGGUUGUAUCACCCGUCAAGAAGUUCUAUGAACGCCUUCACAAGGCCAAGCUGGUCCAAAAGAAAAGACAGAUCUUUGGAAAAAUGAAGACAAGUCUGAAACCGACUAAAAUAAUUAUAACUCGUAAGAAGAAAAGUGUCAAAGCGAAUAAGUCACCGAAAAUUAAUCAUAAAAGCUUGUGGCUAGGAAAAUAAGGAAAGAGGAAGAAAACUCACUAUACCUAACUUCAGAGAAACAACAACUGAGGAAGGAAGUCCUUUCUCUAGGCAAGAAGUUUCUACACCUGUUAACAUCAGGGCAGAAAUCAGCUUGCCAAAAUCGACCUUCUCAACACCUAAUUUGAAGGGUCGGAAGACAUGAACUCCAGCGAAUUUGAGAUUACCCAGAACUUUUAAGUUACCUCCAAAACCUAGCAGAAGAAUUUCAAAAUCAAGGCAGCAUUCAAAUAAACUAAGACUAAUUAUAAAGAAGGCUGAUGAAUAUCUAAAACAGUCUAAACUUGAGAGAAGCGGGAGUCAGAUGAAGCCAGAGCUUCCAAUUCCCAAGAAGAACUCCAAGAGAUCCUUGUGGAUACAGAACUGUGACAAGUCAAAAGAUAUCAGGAACCGAAAGUUGAUGACAUUAUAUUCCUCGACCACUCUGAACAUGGAUAUUCCAAAGGGAGAGAGCUUUAAGACAACCCAAGAUACGUUCCUUAAGAACUCCAGCUUCAGUAGGCUUGCCUUCAACAAGAAGGACAAUGACAAGUCUGAGUCGUUCGAAUCCCAAUCAUCUAACGAAGAAACCGAGAAAAAAGAUAACUCCUCAAACAUGCCGUUUCGGUAUGACCGAAGAGAGGUCUUGGAGACCAAUACUAGGAAAAGUCUGUGGACCAAGAACAUUGUGUGCAAUAUAAUGAACCACAAAAAGUUGAGUACUGUAAUACAUCUGAAGAGCUAA